AGCUCCACCCGAGAACUUGACGCUAUCUUCCAUGCUAGGCACGCGCGCCAAUGCGCUGAUCUUAUUCGAGGCGGCAGCUGUCAGCGAUGAGAAGGUCGAAGGAAGCGCCAACUCGCGGCCGCCCGACGUCGUUGACGCCUUGGGCUUUUCCUGCUCCAUAAUGUAACUGGAGACUGAAGAAUUAGUGAUGCAUAGUUAGUUUGAGUGUAAAUUGUGCUGGUGGAUGUGAUCUUGUAACAAUUUACGACAAUUUUUGGGUCAAAUUGGUCAUUCUUUUUACUGAUAAGCGAGGAUGGAGGUGACACCUUCGAGCGGGGAUAAGUGCCCGCAUUACGGACGGCGUUGCCACGUGCUGGCUGAGUGCUGCAAGAAAUGGGUGGGCUGUCGUUUGUGCCACGACGCGCAGUUCGGCGAGGACCACGCGAUCGACCGCUUCGCCAUCAAGCAGAUGCGCUGCGACUUGUGCCAGACUGAGCAGCCUUGCGCACAAGAGUGUAUCAACUGUCACGAGAAUAUGGCCGCGUACUUCUGUUCCGUUUGCAAUUUGUUUGACGACAAGGGGCUAGAGAAACAGGUUUUCCACUGCGCACAGUGCGGCAUCUGCCGAGUUGGCGGUCGCGAAAACUAUUACCAUUGCAUCAAGUGCUGCGGGUGCUACCCACACUCACUCGAGGCCAAACACAAGUGUCUGGAAGGAUCCAUGCAUCGCGAAUGCCCCAUUUGUCUUGAUGUGACGUUCGACUCGCUGGAGAGUGUCAAUGUGCUGCCGUGUGGUCAUGUUAUGCACUCGAGCUGCUUCAAGGCAUACGUCAAGCACCAUAACAUUGUGUGUCCAACCUGUCGGACAUUGAUGUUCACGGAGGACGAAAUCAACGGUGGGGAGCAGGAAAACGACGAGGAAGGCGAAGAAGAUGGCGAAGAAAACGGCAGCGAGAGUGAUGGAGAUGACGACUCAGAUAGUUCUAGCAGUAGUGAGAGCGAGGAUGAAGACGGUGUUGUAGUCCAAGUCGUAGUAGAAGACGUGGACUCGGACAGUGACGUGGAAAUGGACGCAGCGCACGAUGCAGAACGCAACGUGUGGCCAGGUGUACACCGACCGUAAGAUAGCUAGAAAUACGACGGAAUGAUGUGAAGCAGAGACGCUACGGCGGCUUCAUGUUGGCUUAAUUUUUGUGGUUUAGAAGGCAGCCGAGCGAGAGCUCCACAACGACUACGACGACUACAGUACAUAACAUUCCGCUCUUGUUUCGACCGCGUUUCCUUCCACUUGCAAGUUAAUAGUUUCCGCUCCUUGCUCUUGAUGUUCUUAUAGCUUAUGCAUUGCGAUAGCGUCCUCGGUAGACACGCGCUGACUGGGUGUAGAGCGCUGCGGACUUGCAAUCAAGCGAACAGAAGCCUGUAUAGCGACUAGUGCCGGCCACGAAGCUACGCGUGCACAUCCCACACUGUUCCCAGUCGGCGCUGCCCUCGCUCAUGGCUUUCCGUCGCCCUUCAAGCUCUUCACGUGUCACGACAGUGGUGGCGAAUGAGCUACAGAGCUCCGAGCGGUUCGUGGAGCGUUUGCUGGCACCCGCGAGCGCCACGGGCUGCAGCUGUUCGGCCUCUUCCUGUUUCUUGUCGCGUGAGCUGAGCUUGCGCAGGAGUUUGCGGGUUGAGUCGCGCAGUCCCAUUGAAGGCGUCGACUUGAGGCUGGUGGGUCAAAUUCGGAAGUGCUACUUGCACUUGAACUGGACUUGCAGUCGGUGGGGAAAAGUCGGGGCGGCCUUCUUGAUGGCCGGACACGAAGGAAGAUGCGGCCGAGGCUUUCCAGCUGGACGAUGGCUCGCAGUCUGUUGGGAUCAGUCAAGGAUUGAUGCACGGCGUCUAUUGGGCCGAGAGCUUUCGAUAUUGGAAGC